UUUACAAUUUAGAAGAAAAUAAAUUUGUAUCCAAAUAAACGCAUUUCCUUCCUUUUUGAUAUAUAAUUUCAGUCAACGGCGUCAUGCUGAUGUAAGGCUAUGUAAUUACAAUUUUCUUAUCUAUCUGACAACCCUUAAACCAUCGUGUAAUCAUGGAUGCUGAAGAGGAAUCCUGUUGUCAAAUCUCAAAGAAGGCAUACACUAUCCUGGAGACAAUGAUGACUGAAACUAAUUUGGGCCUCGAGGACCUGAUCAAGGCAUUGUUUAGUCUUUAUAGGACUUACUCAAUUAUAGCACCAGAUGAACCUGAAAGCAACAGUGCCAGUGAUGAUCAGUGUCAAACAGAAAAAACGUUUGAGAUUAAGACACCGGUUCAGACAUUCCCUUCAUCAACUCUGAGAAGGUCACAGAGAUCUACUAGAUUAGGAACAAGGACUGAAAAUACUGGACUAGAAAAUUCCAACUCUCUCAGUCAAGAACAAGACAAUAGUGCAGAUACAACAAAAGUUCCUAUUUGCAAGCUGGAAAGCCAGAGUUUUGGCUCAAUCAGCACCAGCCCUAUAUCCGCUGAGGAUUCUCAAGAUGAUUCUGUGAUACAUUUAAGUGAAGAAGCAAAAGAUAUCCUGCCAAAAUCUGAGGUGGAAAGUGAUGGAAAAACUAAGAAGAGAAGAAAACCUAAAAGAAAAAAUAUGAGCAAUGGGAAAAAUACAAGCAAGAAGAUGAGAAAGAAAAAAUUAUGCAAGCAAGAGAUCGAAAAAGAAACUGAACAAGCUGUAGAAAGUAUUGGCAAUCCUAAAGCAGACAUAUUUAACCAAAAGGAGCCAUUGCAUAUUAAGAAUCGCCCGUUUUGCUGUAGUAUAUGUGCUGCCAACUUCAAACUCAAACACCACCUGGAGGCCCAUAUGAACGUUCACAAGUCAGGGACAAUACAUAUUUGUGAAGAGUGUAAAAAACAAUUCAAGUCAGCGGAUAAUUUAAAACGUCAUGCCAAAACUCAUCAAGCAAUUAGGGCACCUAAAAAAUACAAAUGUGAUGUGUGUAAAUAUCAAUCAGAUUACCCAAGUGACAUAAAUAAACACAAGGUUCGGCACACAGAGGAGAAAUGUUUUAAAUGUGAUGUUUGUAACUUUGAAACGAACUGGAAAAAGAAUCUCAAAGACCACAUGACUACACAUAGCGUUGAAAAGAAGUUUAAUUGUGAGCAGUGUGAUUAUGUAACUCAUAGUAUGAUAAAUUUAGGUAGCCAUGUGAAAAGGUGUCAUGGCCCGAAGUGGGUUUGUGAAGUUUGUGGUGAAGAAUAUUGCUCUCUUGAGUAUCUUGCGGAACAUUUGAACAAACAUGGGAAUGUGCUACCUCAUGUUUGCCCUCACUGCAGCUAUCGUACGAGUUAUCGGGCAAAUUUUCAGAAGCAUUGCCUUAUUCACACUCAAGUUAAACGCCAUAAAUGUGACACUUGUAACAAGAGGUUUACUCAGAAAUCACAUUUGGAUGCACACAUCAAAGCUAUUCAUUCUAACCCAAAUAAGGAAUAUCGUUGUCAUAUUUGUGAAUAUGUCACAAUGCGAAGCCAGAGUCUGAACAGUCAUAUGAAGAAACAUCACAAAUCUAAAGAUAAAGAUAACAUGCAGAAUAAUUUGAGUGCAUCUUCAGCUUCUGUAAAUGUCAAUAAUGAUCAACCUGUAGGAAUUCCAACAAAAAGUGAUGUUUCGGUAAACCUUGAUAACUUAGUUGCUGCGGCAGAGAUUCUAGCUGAAUGCUCUUCACCUGAAAAAGAUAUGUCGGCUGAACAUAAUUAUGCUGUAAGUAAUAUCAUUAUGUCUAGUGCACCCGAGAUUGCAUUUCAAAACCAGGCUCAGGUGCUCAUGCCUGACGUGCACAUCCUAGGUCCAAGCGCUCCAAAUUUGCCGACACCUGUCCCAAUUUCACAGCAACAACAGCAGAUCUUGCUCUCCCAAGAGUUCCAUAAUUUGAAUAAUCUUCCUCCUAGAUACCAGGAUAGUUUGACUCUUCCUGUUUUGAAUGUGCAUGACUUCCACCAGCAACAGACAGCUGGAGAAGGCUAUUCUACAUACACAAUCCAUCAUGUUAUGACACCUUUGCAAGGCUGCCAUCCUGCUGGCAUCUGAUGAAAUGCUAUUUUAUACCUCGUGGGGUCAUAUACUUGUACUGUAAAAAUGUUUGAACAUUAUUUUGUGAGCCACUCUGGUGAAAGGAGGCUCUGUUGGGGGUGAGGGGAGGGGAGCCACAUUUUCAAUAUGUGGUUCACAACCCAUCUACAAAGUUCAAAUUGUAGAGGAGGGGGGCCAUGGUAUGUUUGUUCUUAUUUUACUAGGUUACGACAGGAUAUGAUAAUUGUAUAUUUAUUCAUGUUUGUUAUUUGGGAUUUUAU